AUGUGCUGGGAUGUCGACUCGUGCAAGGGGCAGAAGCACAAGCCCGUCAAAUUCACCAAGGUGCCCAAGGCCAUCAAGGCAUUCAUGAAAUCCCAGGGUCUCCUCAAGACCGAGCGUCAGCAAAAAAAGGAUCAAGAGCUUGCAAAGAUGUCCCAAGUCGCGUCGGAAUCCGCCGCAAUCCAGCCUAAUCUCCUCACCACCCUCAAUCCCGAUGAGCGCUUCGAUAUCCCGACCGAUGGGAUGCCCGAGCAUGUCCAGUGCGUCUUCUUCUCCCGCCGCCUCGAGAUGGAUGCCAUCCAGGCUGUGUAUUACCAUCAGAAGGCCAUCCACGCCGAGUUCUCCCAGACCCUCUGCCCUCACUGUGGCAAGCGCGCGAUCGAUCCCAGCUUGGUCACCGUCGCCAUUCGCAAAUCCGGUAUCACCGCCGGCAAGAUCGAUUGCUGUGCUGAGAAGCCCUUUGCGAUCCAGCCUCUUCAGUCGUCCGAGUUCGAGUCCGUCAGUGCCUGGAUCGCCGGCAGCUUCGACGACGACACCCGUUUCCAAUCGAUUGUGCGUCAAUUCGCCGCUGUCGACAUCGACGAUGGGGUGCGUCAGGCCGCCCACGAGUAUCUUGGGGUUCGUCAUGAGGCCGUGGAGCAGUGUCAAUUCACCAUGAAGGGUGCCAAAGCCGUCGUCCAUACCUCGUGUCGCCUCUGCAACGGCCGCUCCGUCGAGUUCUACAUCGACACCAACACCCUGGCAGCGACCUACUGCACCGAGUGCCACCAGUUCGUCCCCAAGCAGCCAUUGCCUCUCAGCAACAUGCUCACCGAGAGCUUCAAGCAGGCCCUCGGCGAGAUGCGCCGCGCCUUUCCCAACGAGAGCCAUUUCCCCCCUGGUACGACUAUGGCCAUCCAAGUCAACUUCAAUGGCGAUAUCCACCUCAAUACCAACACCACGGUCAACGCCGUUGUUCACAAUGGAAACCUCGCCACCCAGAGCUACACGAAUGCCGAAGUCGCCUAUUUUGACGACAUGUACGAAGAUGGGGACCAGAUUCUCAACCUGAUCGACAAUCUCGACUGCCUUGACGAUGGCUACGAGCCAUUUCCCGGUGACCCCAUUCGCUGUGAUCUUCUCAAGCGCACUCUCCAUGGCACCCCUGAUGACAUUGUCAAGUACCUUGCCCACACCUAUCGCCAUCUGGUCCAUACGUCGACACUGAACGACGACUUUACUUAUCUCUUCAACGGGAAGUACUGGGUCAAAGACACCAUCAACACAUUCCUCAACGGUGUCAUGACCCACAAUGAGAAGGUCAAGAACUGCUUCAAGCGCGACCUAAUUUCCAUGAAUAAUUACUACGUCGCCAACCGAGAUCGGUACCCUCACUGCGAAGUCACCCUCAAGGCCAUCUUCAAUCUUUCACGGGUGCUUGGUACACCGAAUUUGAUCAACAGCCUCAAUCGCAUGGCAUACACGGCCUUUGGGAAGGACUUUGUCCAGUUUUUCGAGUCCUUGGACACCCGCAACGAUAUCAUCACAUUCAAGUGUGGCACCGUCUUGGACCUGACCACCCUCAAAACCCGCCGUGCCCGAGCCGAUGAUCGAUGCAGCUUGUACAUCAAGCUCAGCUACAACGAACAAGCCAUGCGCGAGGGCACCGAGGCAUAUAUGGAGAUCAUGCAGUUCCUCCGCGAGAUCAUGCGAACCCGCGAGGAGCAAAUCGAUUUCCUUCUGGACUUUGUCUCACUCGGUCUCACCGGCGCCAAGAACGGUGAGAUGGUCGUCUUCAUGAUCGGUAACGGCUCAAACGGAAAGAGUGUAUUGCUCAGCCUGAUCGAGAACACCCUCGGUGCCGAGCUCUGCGGUCGCUUCGAUGGAGCAUAUCUGUGCCAUACCUCUAGCGUCAUCUACUCACCCGAAGCACCCACCCCAACCCUCAUGAAGCUGGCCAGGGCCCGCUUUGCGAUCGCAUCAGAGACCCGCAAAGGCCGCGCCGGCGAUGUGGUCCUCGACGAUGUCGCCCUGAAGAUGAUCUGCAGCGAGGAGAAGCUAUAUAUCCGUGGCAUGUGCAAAGAAGGCGCCGAGAUCACACCAUGCUGGAAGGUGCUGGUCGCUUCCAACCACUACCCAACCCUGGCUCCAGAGGCUAUCUUCGACCGCGGCACCACCCGCAGAAUCGUCAUUCUCGAUCUACCCAUCUCGUUUGUCCAGCGGCCCGAUCGUCCUCUCGAGCAUCACGAGAGCUUACGCGACGAGACGCUCAAGAACAAGCUCAAUACGAAGCGAUGGCGCUAUGCGUUCCUGGGAAUCCUCAUCCGCCGCUUCGCCAGCGCAUCCGAUAGAACUCGCCCGCUCGACUCUGAAACUCGCAUUCAUCCCAAGAUCCUGGCGUUCACCCGACGCAAGAUUGCUGACCCGGACUAUGUGGGCGAGUAUAUCGAGUCUGUCUAUGCAAUUUGUGGGGGUACCUUUGUCUAA